UAUCGCUUAACAGCGCCUGUAGGCGGAGGGAGGAAGAGGCCCGUGUCCAGGCAAAGGAGGGGAGUGGGUGACGCGGAGGCGGUGGCUGCGGUGGCAACUGCGGUCCCCUGGGCUCUUCCUGUUGUCCUCUCCCGCAGGUGAAUGGCUGCGGGAUGGAGAACGAGGGGAGCGGCGGGAGCGGGGGCUCGGCCGGGCUCCUACAACAGAUCCUGAGCCUGAAGCUGGUGCCGCGGGUGGGCAACGGGACGCUGUGCCCCAACUCCACCUCCCUCUGUUCUUUUCCAGAAAUGUGGUAUGGCGUGUUCUUGUGGGCACUGGUAUCUUCUCUCUCCUUCCACGUCCCUGCUGGAUUAUUGGCACUAUUCACCCUCAGACAUCACAAAUAUGGUAGGUUCAUGUCUGUAAGCAUCCUGUUGAUGGGCAUCGUGGGACCAAUUACUGCUGGAAUCUUGACAAGUGCAGCCAUUGCUGGAGUCUACCGAGCUGCUGGCAAAGAAAUGAUACCUUUUGAAGCCCUCACCCUAGGUGUUGGCCAGACGUUUUGUGUAGUGGUGGUUUCCUUUUUACGGAUUUUAGCAACUCUAUAG